AUGCUAGACAUAGCAAUCUCAGUCUUGGACCCGCGCCUCGCCCAGCAAGCCUCAUCGUCACAGCCUACACCGAGGUCUGCAGCCCGUUAUCGUCAGGUUCACCUAAGCUUCGCUAGUCCGCCACCAGACACGCAAAAGCGCGCACGAUGUGUACCGCCACCACCCACUGCUGAAGAGUUGGAGGCGCAAGACAACGCGAUCGCAGAGGAUGCAGAAGUACCCCCGGACACCGAGAUCCCUGAGGUCGAGAGGAGUCUUGCACGUCGCUUCAGCACGUCGUGGAAGCAGACGUACUCGUGGCUGAGCUUGAAGUACAACAAACAUGAGCGCCAGUAUGGUAUGAAGUGUUCCGUCUGCUAUAAGUUUGCUCCUAACACCAAGUCUCCCUUUGGCGGUGCUGGAGUCGGUGCAAGGGAUUUUCAGAAGUCGGCGUGCCGCAACCAUGACCAGUCCAAUGUGCACAUCGCGGCCAUGGAAGCUGAACGACUCUAUGAAGGCACGGAGGUCGACAUUACAGAGGUGAAGAACCAUGUCGACAAGGUGAAGACCAAGCUGUCGCAGUACUACGUCAAGCCCGGCGCAUCCAACGGGCCACACACCUCUCACCUAAACAAGUUCCUUGCUGCACACGGCAGCAAGGACAAGCGCAAGAUGGAGCUCAAGGGAGUGGACGAGAACGGCAAGCAUGCAAAAGCCGAGAUCGAGCUUUACGAGGACAUCAUCGACCCUGAAAACCCUAAGGGGGGAUGCGACUUGGAGGCCUGCGUGGACCUGGCGAGGCGUUUCGCUCAGCGCCUGAUUAAGGCGCUGGGGAAGAGGAUGGCGAAUCUGCGUCAUUUUGAUGGUGUUGGUUUUUUCUCCCCUGAUAAGUAUCCCGACCGUGCAGGAGAUCAGGACGCGUGGGUGAAGCUCCAUCUCUCCGAGCUCCUUGACAUGUUCAAGAACAAGCUACCUGGUAAGACGAGAGGGGUAGAGGAGGAACCUUGUAAAGGUUCUAACCUUGUUUAUGUUCUAACCUUGAAUAUGGUUUUCUCCAACAUUGGCAUGUUCUAA